AGAAGACUACUUGGGUUCACGGUCUCUAAUAUUUCAGACACGAGCUCCCCUUAGUGAGUCCUUCUUUUCCUGGCUGCAGCUCUUUUCAUUUUGCCACCUUUUUCCAGCUCCGUGAUGGUUCUGCAGGUUUCUGCCCUCCCCCGGACAGUGGCUCUGACGGCGUUACUGAUGGCGCUACUCACAGCUGUGGUCCAGGGCAGGGCCACUACAGAGAAUUACGUGUACCAGAGAUUGUUUGAAUGCUACGCGUUUAACGGGACACAGCACCUCCUGGACAGACUCUUCUACAACCGGGAGGAGUUCGUGCGUUUCGAUAGCGACCUGGGGGAGUACCAGGCGGUGACAGAGCUGGGACGUCCCGAUGCCAAGUACUGGAACAGCCAGAAGGACAUCCUGGAGCAGAUGCGGGCCGAGGUGGAGAGGGUGUGCAGACACAACUACGAAUUAGAGGAUCCCCUCAUCCUGAAGCGCCAAGUCCAGCCUAAGGUGAACGUCUCCCCAUCCAAGAAAGGGCCCUUGCAACACCACAACCUGCUUGUCUGCCACGUGACAGAUUUCUACCCGGGCAGCAUUCAAGUCCGAUGGUUCCUGAAUGGACAGGAGGAAACAGCUGGGGUUGUGUCCACCAACCUGAUCCGUAAUGGAGACUGGACCUUCCAGAUCCUGGUGAUGCUAGAAAUGAUGCCCCAGCAGGGAGACGUCUACACCUGCCAAGUGGAGCACCCCAGUCUGGACAGUCCUGUCACCGUGGAGUGGAAGGCACAGUCUGAUUCUGCCCGGAGUAAGAUGCUGACAGGAGCUGGGAGCUUCGUGCUGGGGCUCCUCAUCUGUGGAGUGGGCAUCGUCAUGCACAGGAGGAGCAAAAAAAGUUCAACGAGGAUCUGCGUAAACAGGAAGAGAACCUCAGGCCUGAACCCCUCUUUCAAUCUCAGCCCUCAGGGUUCCUGACCUCACCGAAAAGACUAAUUUCGUUAGUCCCAGCCUCUGCUUCCGGGACAGACACCCAGCUCCCCAAGAGGACGCUGCUGCCAAGAAGUUGCUCUGAAGCCAGUUGCUGUCAUUCUGCUCUUUGAUUCAAUGCGUGGUUUCUCUCACUGAGUUCUUCUUAGCGCCAUAAACAAUCAAAACCCAA